GCGGCCCGGCGCCUUCUUCCCAUCGGCCUCGGCUGCGGGCCUUUCAAACAUGGAGGAGCGGGAGUGGGGGGCGAGGUCGGCGCGCGCCGGGAGCCCCGCGAGCCCCGGCAGCCCGCGGCUGGACGUCAGCUCCGACAGCUUCGACCCGCUGCUGGCCCUGUACGCGCCGCGCCUGCCGCCCAUCCCCUACCCCAACGCGCCCUGCUUCAACAACCUGGCCGAGUACGAGAGCUUCCUCAGGACCGGCGUCCGGGGCGGCCGCGGCCGGGCGCGGGGCGCGAGCUCGGGGGGCGCCGCCGCCACCGCGGGCUCCUCGGGCCGAUCCCGCCGCCGGGACGCGCCCGCCCCGGACCCUGAGCGCAUCCAGCGCCUCCGCCGCCUCAUGGUGGUCAAGGAGGACGCGGACGCCGACGGGGCGGCGGGGGCGCGCGGGGGCCGGGGCCGCGGCCGGAAGGCUCCGCGCAACGUGCUGACCAGGAUGCCGCUGCAUGAAGGCAGCCCUUUGGGUGAACUCCACCGCUGCAUCCAGGAAGGGGUGAAGGUGAAUGUCCACAUCCGCACUUUCAAAGGGCUGCGUGGCGUCUGUACAGGCUUUCUUGUUGCAUUCGACAAGUUCUGGAACAUGGCACUUACAGAUGUGGAUGAAACCUACCGAAAACCUGUUCUGGGCAAAGCAUAUGAGCGGGAUUCUUCAUUGACUCUCACGCGGUUAUUUGAUCGACUGAAACUUCAAGAUUCUUCUAAGAAGGAAGCUGAUUCUAAGUCGGCAGUUGCAGACUCCACCCUGUCCAGAUACUCCCAGACUUCCACUUGGAAGGUGGCUUCUGUAUGGGGAAGAGGAGACACUGACCGGGGCUCCCGCAGGCGUUCCCGCUCCGUCCCUUCUUCCUUGCAGGCAUCUGCCAGGGAGGAGUCCAGGUCAGAGCUGUCAGGGAGGACAACACGGACAGAAGGGUCAAGUGCAGGGGGUACUUUUUCCAGAGCAACCACUCUUUCCAGGAGUCAGUCCCGUAAGAAAAAGCGAAAGCCCAAAGUGGAUUACCAGCAGGUGUUCACUCGUCAUAUAAAUCAGAUUUUUAUUCGUGGUGAGAAUGUCCUGCUAGUUCACCUUGCUCAGUGACCAACUCGACCUUGCUUGGGCUUUGGUCUUUAGAAUGAAGUGCAUGAAUUGCUGCUCUGCUGUGCCCUAGUGUUCCAGUGAAACUCAGUUGGAAUGAUUCCCACUGCAUGUACAGAGGACAGAGCCAGGCUCAGGCCCUCUGAAGAUGGACUCCCUCAAGGGGGGACAGGUCUUGGGAGGGGGAGUGGAGUGUUUGCAUUAAUACCAAGGCAAAAAUUAUAAAGAGGUACAUGCAUCCUACUUGGGAUUAUAGUCUGCUCAAGCCAAAUGUGAGCUCUUCCAUUUGAAGUAAGAUCUGGCAUGAAAUAAAUUCACACCAGAGACAUAAAUAAAUGCACAGGUGAUGGAGAGCUAUGUCAUUUGUAAAAAGCAGUGCUGUCAGUGCUCUGAGUAUGAAUCUGAUUCUAAGAGGAGUAUGUAAACCUCUCCAGAACCUCAUAUCCUUUAAGUAGCUUCUGCACCAUUUUCUUCUGAUCAAAUAAUGAGAUGUGUUAUUUUGAAAUGAAUAUGAGAAAAGAAACGUACCAGCUAUGGAAGGGUAAAAUGUCAAUUGGAGACCUGCUCGGCAGAGCCCUCAGUGAAUGCUGUUUUAUCCCUCUCCUUGUCCUGGAAAGGAAUAUGGGGCCUCACUGGUCUGCCCUUUAUUGGAACUCAGCCUGUGAAUGACACACCAGAUGGGACUCCAGAUGCUUAUAUGGUGGCUUCUUGUCCUUUUCUCUAUUUGUAGCAUGGUGCUUGUGCAUGUACCCUGUGAAUGCUUCUCUGUGUGACCUGUCCUUCUCUGUAUGACCUGUCCCAUGAGUUCUGUGGCAGAUGACCGUGACCCUCAUGUCUCAAUUUAAAGCUGUAUGAACUCAAUAAUGCACAUGCCUCACACACUUGAGAGUCCCCAUUUCAGGCAGACUGGCCUAUGUAGAAUAUACUUUAGUAUGAUUUCACCAGGAAUUCGGUAUAGUUUCAUUCCCUGUGUCAGGCCACCGUAUCAUGGGUGGUGUCUGUAAAGGACACAUUACUUACAGCCUAGCUUGAGUAACAGGACCCCAUAGCACCCUGUAGUACUUCUGUUUGAAUCACAUGAUAUGCUUUAUCUGUCACCAGUGUAGGUGGGCUAUUAUCUUCACACAAACCAUUAGGCAGUAUUGAUUUUUUUAUUGUUGCUGGUGGUAUUUUGUCAGUAGAUAAUGGACUUUGUUUUAGAUAACUUAUGCUCAAAGUGAGGUGAAGAAAUCUAAUUUAAAUGCUUGAAAAGAAAAGCUUCUUCUUCUAUAUUUGUUGUGUAACUGAGAUGAGCCUUCCGAGAGGCAGGGUAGAUGCCUUUUUUUUUUUUUUUUUUUUUUUGAGGAGUUGGGACACUGGCUCAUCCUGCUGUGAAAGGAGAGCAAACAUCACCCUCUGUGCCUCCAGAUUCCCCACAGACACCUACCUCACAGGAGCACUGAGACAAACAUUUAAAGGAACACAUCUUAAAAGUCUCUAAACAUGUUUAAGUGCCAUGACAAAUGUUUCUAGCUCUGUUGCAUAUUGAGUAAGAAUUUUGUCUUAAAAGUAAGGCAGGUGCUACAUAGGAGAAAGCUCUCCAUAGAGGUCACAGAGAAUCUCCUGCUCAGAUUAUAGUGAUUGCUUCAGGAACAGCUUUCACAUCCCACCCCCUUCUAAGGAACAGUGAAAGUUUUCAGAAGAGUCUUUUCAUUAAGAAGAACAUCAAACUUACUUGCUGCUCUCCCCACAUACUAGCUCCCCCUUUUCUGAUUACUAUCAGAAAGAAUAUCCUUCACCUUUUCAAGAGGUUUAUGCAAAGAUACCAAAUGCACAUCUGAAAAAAUGACACAUCCCCUAAGGGGAAUUAUUACUAAUUUUUUUUUGCUUUAUUUGUUUUUAUUUUAAAAAACAUAUCCCUUAGAGCCAGAUCAGAUGCAUUAAGCAUUUAGAGAGGUCCCAGAGUAUAAACUUGAACAUUUAUCUCUGGAAUGUGUCAAACAAUUUAAUUAGUUCUCUUUUAAAUAAUCUAAGAUCUCAGUUCCCUUGCUUCUUUAUCAUGCUCCCCUGUUUGACUAUCCUUGUCUAUCUAGAUGAUGCCAUCCCUUAGCUAAAACAUCUAAUGGAUUCUAGAUUUUCCCAGUAAUAAAGUGGAAAUUUGGAAUCUAAAGGGAUAGUAUCCAUUUACAGUCAUUCUGGUAUCUGACAAAAUGUAAUCUAGUUUAUUUUAAACAUGUUUGUUUUUAUGUUUGCAUAUAAUUUUCAUAGUUCUGUAUAGAGAUUGAUUUAAUACCUUUAUGCCCAAAAUAACAAUUCUGGCUCUGAAAACUAUUUUAAAGCUGUGUGUGAUCUGUCUUAUGUGUCAAUAUGCCCCUAUUUAUUUGUUUGGAUAGUGUUUCUGGAAGGAGCAUUGUGUAAUAAAUGUGCUGUUCUGUAUAAAACAUGGUGAUUUUU